GUGUUUUCUGUCGAAGUGUGCCAAGACUCGGGGAGAAGGAGUUUGAAUGACACUACAUAAUCAUCACUGAUAUGGCACCUUGGCUACUGAAUCUGGUCCAAUAUCAUGGACUCUUCCUGAUGAUUUUUGUACUGGGCAUUGGAGGCUCCUUUCAGUAUGGCUUCCACAUUUCUGUCUUGAACUCUCCUUCACCAUUCAUAAAGGCUUUCAUUAAUGACACAUGGAUACAACGUUACAACCUACCCAUAAGGGACAAUGCUCUAAGGAUACUCUGGUCAUUUAUUGUAUCAAGCUACUGCAUUGGCGGCCUUGUGGGAUCAUUGGGAUCUGGAUAUAUAAUGUCAAAAUAUGGAAAAAAGAAAUGUCUGCUGUGCAAUGAUUUGAUUCCAAUAGCGGCGGCUUUGCUGAUUGGCUGCAGUAAGACUGCCAAGUCAUUUGAGAUGAUACUAGUUAGCCGCUUUCUUUAUGGUUUUAAUGCAGGGCUUGGACUUAAUAUCCAUUCACAAUAUGCAGGAGAAAUCGCUCAUAAAAGCCUACGUGGAUUUACGAACACAAGCAUCUCUAUAUUUGUGACGACUGGAAAACUAAUAGGUCAGGUACUUGGACUCAGCGAAAUAAUGGGCACUGAGUUCAGGUGGCCCAUCCUCUUGGCUCUGAGUGGAGUGUGGUCUCUGGCCCAACUAGUAACCCUGCCAUUUUUCCCCGAAUCCCCACCAUACCUCCUAAUGGUGAAAAACAACAAGACAAGCUGCAUGAAAGCCUUGAAACAGCUAUGGGGGGACAGAGAUCACCAGACAGAGAUAGAUGAGAUGCUGAAAGAACAAGCUGCCCGCAAGAGCGCCCGCUGUCUGAGUGUCCUGGGGUUGCUUCGGGAGCCUUCCCUACGCUGGCAGCUCUACAUGCUCAUUGCUCUAACCAUUGCUUUACAGCUGUCUGGUGUCAAUGCUAUUUACUUUUAUGCUGCCGACGUGUUUCGAGCUGCCAGAUUCGACUUCUCACAAAUCCCGUAUUUGACAGUAGGGGUCGGUGUAUGUGAGUCCUCUUCAGUUAUCCUGUGUAGUGUAUUGGUGGAUCGUUUCGGCAGAAGAGUUUUAUUACUCAGUGGAUACGCAGUUAUGGUUCUGAGCCUAGGCUUGCUUACUGUGACACUCUCAUUGCAGGAACAAUACACCUGGAUGCCUUAUUGCAGUGUGACGCUAAUCUUUAUAUUUGUUCUAUCUUUUGGGACAGGACCAGGCGCUUCCACCAUGACCAUCAAUGUAGAACUUUUUUCUCAAGAGGCCAGAGCAGCAGCUUUUGUCAUUGUGGGAUUAAUAAACUGGAUGGGAUUGUUUAUCAUUGGCAUGGUCUUUCCAUUUGUGGAGGCCAGCCUGGGGCCUUAUUGCUUCCUCAUCUUCCUGAGUAUCAUAGCGGUUUGUGCUGUAUUUCUCUACUUUUACCUCCCAGAAACAAAAGGAAAAUCUGCAAUAGAGAUUAAAGAAGACUUCAAAAAGUACAAUUACAAAAAAGAACAGCAGCUACAGAACCCAGAAAUUCAUAUGAUAUCCACCAAAUUCUGAUUUGUUUUUGUGUCUGUUUUUGUAGACCUCUCACCUAAAAAGGUUCACUUAUCAAGAGACCAUAAAAUGUAGCCCGUUUUUUGUAGUGACGGUUUAAAUAUUGUGAUGAUGUUUUUUACAGUGUUGUAUAGGAUUUAUUUACCUUUUCCGAUGUGGCCCUCACAGACAGUUGGUCCCCACAGAAUAGUCCAAACUAUGGC